AUGUCCCUGUUCAUGGAAGCGGGAAACAGUUGUCCAGCGGCAUUGGCGGCGCUGCAUCCUAAUGAGCUGGCCGAACUUAGCAUGUCAACAGGAAAAUCCCUGCCAAGAGAUGCAGGCAAGUUCGUGAUGUGCUCUGGCUUGCCAUAUGCCCACUACGUGCUGGUGGAGAUGCUGGGCACCCUUCCAACUCGCGUAGCGCAUUCUGCCAAGAUGGCAAUUGGUUUCUGCUUGCCGAAGGCAUGUGUGCCGGUGGAUGUGCCCAUGAUCAUGAACUCAACUGCAGUCCAGCGGCUGGUCCCCGACUUAAGUGUGCUCCAAGUGACGGAUGUUCAUGCCUCGGAUCAUGUGGGCGGCUUGGCUUCGCCUGGCGCGGGAUUUGCAGCUUCCGUCAGCGUGGUUGCAGUGUUGGCCGGUUUCAUCCUAUUGUCUACUUGGUGGAUGGCUGGGUCCACGAGCCAGGCAAGAGAGGAGGCUCCGGCAGCGGCUGGGCGGAGGAAUGCCCGAAGUUUUCGAUGUUUUGAGGCUUUCUCGCUGGUUGGGCGAACGGGUACACUAUCGAAAUUGGUGGAACUACCACCGUACAAGCCUACAGAUUGUUUGAAUGGACUGCGGGUCAUUGCGAUGUGCCACGUCAUCAUUGGCCACACCUUUCUGAUGCCAGAAGGCGUUUCUGGCUACUCAAACCCGCAGGAUAUCUCGCUCGGCGGAAUGAACCGGGCCGUUGCAGAGAACAAUCCUCUGCUGAUGCUGAUCGUCCAGGCCGAGAUGAGUGUGGACACCUUCUUUUUUUUGUCCGGUUUCCUACUUUCUUAUCUCACCCUUAAAGAGAUGCAGAGAGGAGGAGGAGCCAACCAAUUGCUGGCCAUCCUCCUCAGAUACUUGCGCCUCACGCCCAGCCUUGCCUUGACCAUGCUGGUCUACUUUGGCAUCCUGCCCUACCUGGCCUCCGGCCCCUUCGCGCUGAGCUUGCAAGACUCCAUCUUCCGGCGCUGCACUGGGUCCUGGUGGUCCGAGCUGACCUACACCAUGAACUUCAUUCCGUUUGAUUCCGACAAAGUCUGCAUGGGAUGGACGUGGUAUCUUGGGGACGACAUGAUCUUCUUCAUUCUUGGCAUUGCCAUCAUCCCCAUUUUCCACCGAGCCAAGAUAUUGGGCUGGUUCCUGCUGCUGUCAUUGACUGGCAUCUCCCUGGGAGUUACUGCCUUUCUGAUCACGAAGUAUCACCUGUCUGCUUACAUCUUCGAUCAGCACUACGCCGAGUAUUCUUAUUACGCUUACAGCAAGCCCUACACCCGUGCCCCGGCCUACUUCGUCGGAGUGGCUGCGGCCUGGGUACUGCAGACGAUGGAGGAGCGAGGCAUCACGCGAGAGUCGCAAAUUUUCGGGCGGAAACAAUCACUUGCCACCACCGCGGCGGCCUUGCUCGCUGCGGGGGUCCUGUGCCUCAUCGUCUUCAUCCCGUCCACCGAUUUUGGAACCUCUCGCAACAGCUGGAACAAUUUCGAGAGCGUGCUUCUCCUUGACUUCGGGCGCUUUUUCUGGGCACUGUCAUGGGCGGUGAUCACCUUGCUGUGCUACUACGGCCAUCUUCCCUACGUCAACGGCUUCCUCUCCCAUCGUUUCUGGACGCCCUUCGUCCGCCUCACUUACGGCGCUUACCUGAUGCACCCGCUAGUCAUCAAGAUGGCAGCGGGCACGGCUGUGCAAUACUACACCUUUUCCGGCAUGGCCUCUUGCCUCGCGCUUCGUUGUGGAGACGGUUGGAGUUUAGCAUAA